GGGUCUUAUAUGCGACUAUUCAGAGCUUGCAUCUGCCGAAUUCCUCUCAAAUACCUGGCUUGGUAGCUUGCAGAGCCUUGCAUCGAGCCUAAUUUAUUGCGGUUGGGCAAAUAAUAACGCGUGUUGCUAUACACACCUUCUCAUUCUGUUCCAUUCUGUUUAAUCCUCCUUUUUACCCUGCUCCCUUCUCAUCAUAAUGCCUCCGGUAAGGAUCCUCUGACCAAGUGACGCGUCUGUUGUGUCUGCUGUCUACCAAUCGGGCGGGACUGCACCCCGGCGUUGUGCCUCGCGUGCACAAAACUUUCUUGCUAAUCUCCUCGCAGGCUAGAAGCCUCCGCACGAGAGGUGCCAUGAAUGAGAACGAUGAGAACGGGCCGUCGACGCGCCUGACACGGGCCAAGGCUGCUGCCCUGUCGUCGGGUGACGCCCAUACUGCCGCUGCCACCAAAAAGCCGACCCUACAGACGAAGAAGGCCGCCACAGCCACGACUACCGGGGCCACGAGACGACGUGCCGCUCUUGGUGAUGUGAGCAAUGUUGGCAAAUCAGAGAAUGGGGAAACCAAAGAGGCAAAGAAACCGACCGCGGCCAAAGCCCCAUUGGCGCCCAAGAACAACCUGCCGUCCGGAGGCGUCCAGAAACCGACCAAGACCAAUCCCGCCCGCACCAACCCUGGAGUCAAGAGCGAUACCGCGAAGAAGCAGCCCGCAGAACCGAAGCGCCCUGGUAGUGGGUCUGGUGUUGGAGGAAGAGAGCCGAGAAGGAGCACGGUUCGCAACUUGCAGAAGAAAGAAGCGGUGCCAGAGGAACCACCCUUGAAGAAGGCCAAUGUCGAGAAGAAGGAGAAGAAGCCUGCAACGGAACAGGUUGUCGAUGAGAAUGAUCAGGCACCGAUCGAUCCCAAGGUGUUGGAAAAGCCCGAGGAUGAUUAUGUGCUAGAUUUGGACGCUGAGGACCUCGAUGACCCUUUAAUGGCUGCCGAGUAUGUGGUUGAGAUUUUCGAUUAUCUCGCAGAGCUGGAGGAAGAGACCUUGCCCAACCCAGAUUAUAUCGACCAUCAGCCCGACUUGGAAUGGAAGAUGCGUGGUAUCCUGGUCGACUGGCUCAUCGAAGUUCACACGCGUUUCCGCCUUCUCCCCGAAACCCUUUUCCUCGCCGUCAACAUCAUCGACCGUUUUCUGUCAGAGGAAGUCGUCGCCCUGGACCGUCUUCAGCUGGUCGGUGUCGCUGCUAUGUUCAUUGCUUCCAAGUAUGAGGAAGUCUUGUCACCCCAUGUUGCCAACUUCAGCCACAUCGCCGACGAGACCUUUUCCGAUAAGGAAAUCUUGGAUGCCGAACGUCACAUCCUCGCCACGCUGGCGUACAAUAUGAGCUAUCCCAACCCGAUGAAUUUCCUGCGCCGCAUCUCGAAAGCAGACAACUACGACAUUCAAACCCGCACUCUUGGAAAGUACCUUAUGGAAAUUAGCCUUUUGGAUCACCGAUUUAUGGAGUACCGUCAGAGUCACAUUGCCGCCGCCGCAAUGUACCUGGCUCGUCUGAUCCUGGCGCGAGGCCCUUGGGACGCCACCCUGGCUCACUACGCCGGAUACAGCGAGGAGGAGAUCGACCCCGUCUUCCGCCUGAUGAUCGAUUACCUUCACCGGCCCGUAUCCCACGAUGCGUUCUUCAAGAAAUACGCUAGCAAGAAGUUUUUGAAGGCAUCUAUCCUCACCCGGCAAUGGGCCAAGAAAUACCACCACCUCUACAUUAACAGCUCUCUCUCAGAGCCCUAUCACGUCAUUAAAGACAAGGAGUAGAGACCGCGUCUGGUGACGAUACCCCGGCGUCCGGCAAAAUGACCCAGAAUAGGAGUUGGUUGAUCCAUAUGAUGGUAUUUUAUUUCUGAUGGUACAGGGGUACUCUUGCAUAUGUUUACGACGGCAUUUUCCUGUUUUCACUUGCGGAUGUUUGCAUUAUCGCUUCACCGGUGUC